AUGACCGUCCAUACUGGAUAUACAGUCAAACAGGAAAGGGCACAGGGAAAGCACUUGCUAUCACCUCCCCUACCUCGUCUGACCCAGAGUUUCGAACAGAAUGGCGAAGCGAAGUAUGAGGUUAUUGUUGUUGGUGGUGGACCAGCAGGAAUGAUGCUCACCUUGCUUCUGGCUCGUUAUGGGCUGGACGAGACUUCUCUCCUUUGUAUAGACAACAACGAGAGUGGCCAAAGCUCUGGCCACGCCGACGCUUUUCAACCAAGGACCCUCGAGGUGCUCAAAUCCUUGGGACUUGCUGACGACAUUAUCAAUGCAGGGUAUCAAUUGUGGGAGACUGCCGUCUGGGACCCUUCGCCAACGCAAAAGAAUGUCAUCGAACAUACCGCUGUUAAUCCGCUUAUAUCGACUGCAGCUCGCUACCCAUUUAACCUCGCCCUCCAUCUCUCUAAGAUCGAGCCCUUUAUUGAGAAUGAUCUUCUGCGCUAUCAUAAACAGGGAAUUCAGCGCGGUGCGAGACUCAGCGAUGUCAAAAUAAGUGACGACCCAGGUUUCCCCGUUGAAGCUAUAAUAGAGGACAAAGGACAGCGGCGUACUGUGAGGAGCAAGUAUCUCGUGGGUGCGGAUGGAGCACAUUCCAGCGUGCGGCGUUGCAUGGAGCUCCAGCUAGAAGGCGAUUCGCUUGGCUAUAUAUGGGGUGUCAUAGACUUGAUCGUUGAGACCGACUUCCCUGAUAUUCGCAGGCCAAGCUUCAUCCAUUCGUCAACUGGGUCAGUGUUAGUUAUUCCACGCGAACAAGUUGAGUCAGGUGAAUACUUGACCCGGCUAUAUGUUCAGACUCCAGAAAAGGUAAAUACAUGGGAUACCCAAGAAACAACAAAGGCCAAACGGAAUGGAUUCACACUGGAAAAUAUUCUUCAAUACGCCGCUGCUGCCUUCAGGCCAUUCAAAAUCAGUCCCAAACCACACGGUGGAGUGUAUUGGUGGGCUGUCUACGAGAUCAGCCAGCGUAUGUUGAGCCACUUCACUGUGGCAGACUCCGCCGGCACACCCCGUGUAUUCUUUGUGGGAGAUGCUUGUCAUGUUCAUAGCCCUAUGGCAGGACAGGGCAUGAAUGUGUCAAUGAUGGACUCUUACAACUUGGCUUGGAAGCUCAUGUAUUCUAUCAACGGUCUAACUCCAAAAGCGUCCUCGAAAUCUCUGCUUGACUCAUAUCACACCGAGCGCUAUCCAAUCGCCAAACAGCUUAUGCAGUUUGACCGGGUGACAGCUUUGAUGGCCUCGGGAAAGGUAACAGCAGCCAGAGACAGCAAUGGCAACACUCUCACCUCAGAGGAUUUCAUCGAUAACUUCAAAGAAGGAAGUGCAUUCAUGUCAGGAUGCGGAAUUGAGUAUCAGGAAUCUAUAGCUGUUCAGAUAACAGCGGACAAUAACAAUCCCAUCAGUGGGACUGAUUAUGCGUCCGGCAUCCUGCGUCCGGGAAGAAGACUUUUAAAUGUCAAAUUGAGGAGGGAGGCAGAUGGAUCACCGCGAGAUCUACACGAUAGCUUUCAAUCUUCUGGGCGCUUUAGAAUCCUUGUACUCGCGUCAAGCGAUCUUCUUGACCCCCAGGGUACCUCGUCCCAAACACUCAAAUAUCUCACCGAGUCACUGCUCCCUUCGUAUGCACCUUCGACGAUAGAGAUGGUGGCGGUGCAUCCUGGUUUGCCUAGUCGAUUGAAUCUCAAUGCCCUUCCCAGCCGAGUGAAACAGUAUUGCGAGAUGAGCUUUUAUGACGGCUCCAAGAUCGAUGAUGCAUAUCAGAUUUUUGGGGUGGAUAACAAGAGAGGCGUGCUUGCCGUAGUCCGUCCGGAUGGCUACGUGGGAGUUGUCGCAGAGUUAGGAGAUGUUGGAAGGAUAGAUGACUAUCUCCAGAAGUGUGUUCAGAGGCUGCCAUUGUUAGGUGUAAUGGUCUGA